AUGCUUACAAAUUACAAGCGCAAGAGUAACCGGCAGUCAUGGACCGCUCAGCAGUUGGAACAAGCCAUUAAGGCUGUAAAAAGUGGAUCGCCGGUGAAGACAGCAGCUAGAAGUUACGCAAUUCCAAGAUCCACACUGAUUCGCCACUUCACAAGUCCAACUGUAUCAACUCGGCUAGGACCUCUUGAUUCCGUAUUCAAUUCUCAACAAGAAGAGGAGCUGGUACAAGAUCUGUUGGAUUUGAAAAAGAGGUUCUAUGGAAUAACGAUGACUAAUUCUACCAAGAUGGCUGGAAAAGCUUGGCUAAGCAAUUUUCUGAAACGAAAUCCCAAAUUGUCGUUCCGUAAACCUGAAGCUACCUCUGCCGCCCGAGCCAGAGGCUUCAAUAAGCCAGCAGUAUCUGCGUUUUACGAUUUGCUGGAAGAAGCGCUGAAAGAUCCCAAAUUGACACCAGAUCGUGUUUUGAACGCAGAUGAGACUAGUGUUUGUACCGUUCCUCCGAAGAAGUCUAAGUCGGAAUUGAAAGACAAAAAACAGGUUGGUGGUAUUACAUCUGCGGAACGCGGAGAAACAGCUACGGCAGUAAUGUGCAUGUCCGCAACCGGACAACACCUUCCGCCGUUCUUCAUUUUUCUUCGCAUGCGGAUGCACGAAGCUUUGAAGAAAGGGGCAUCACGUGGAAGCAAAUUUGCCUGUAAUGCAUCGGGUUACAUGACGGUCGAAAUAUUCAAUGAGUGGUUCGAUCACUUUUUGGAGCAUGUAAAACCUUCUGAAGACAGUCCUGCAUUGCUCAUAAUUGAUGGCCACUCGUCGCACACGAAGAACCUAGCUUUUACCGAGAAAGCUAGAGCUAACUUUGUUAAGGUUCUAGUUUUACCACCUCACACUAGCAACAAACUUCAAACGCUUGAUGUAUCCUUUAUGGCACCUUUCAAGACGUACUACGCACAGGAAGUAGAGCGGUUCCUACAACAGAAUCCAGGUAAAGUCGUCAGCCAAUAUGACGUUGCCGAGCUCAUAAAACCUGCAUUCAUCAAGGCGGCUACUACCGAAAUUGAUGAGAAUGGGUUCGAAAAAACAGGAAUUUGGCCAUUUGAUCGUAAUAUUUUUUCCGAUGAUGACUUUGCCCCGGCCACGGUGACUGAUCAACCCGAUCCUGAGAUUCUUCGUGAAGAAGAGACGUUUCGAUUGCAUCUUGAAGGCGCGCCUAGUCAAUCGACCGUAAAUCGCAUUUCCUGUGAGGAUAAAGAAGUUCAAGUGCUUCCCGAAGACAUCAUGGCUGAUUUCGCAGAACCGGACAGCAUCUCAACGGCCAAUAACCCGGUGUUUGAAAUAUCUCCGUCGAUCAUACUUCCGUUACCGAAAAUGGUCACCCCGAGAGUCACGAAGAGAAAACGCCAAGCAGAAAAGGCAGCUGACAUAACGUCUGCUCAAUACGCUGACACUUUGAAGAAGGCGAAAGCAUCGAAAGACAUUAAAUCCAUCAAAAAAGAACAAAAACAACGCUCUUCGAAGAAGCCUAAGCAAAAUAAGGGCAAAGGGGACACCUCAUCUGAUAAUCUAUGCGAGAAAUGCGGAAGCCAGUUUUCUGAUUCAGAUUUCGGGACAGGUUGGACAAUAUGCUUACAAUGCCUUUCAUGGUUCCACGCUGAAUGCUUUACUUCUGCUGCAACUAUUUGUCAGAACUGCUCUUGA